CCCGUCUUCGCACCCGACUGGGAGGAGGACGAGACUGUUGUGACUUUGAACCACAACAGCAGCGAUAACAAGGGUACCAUCAACCUUGAAGUCGAGAAGCAGGAGAAACACGAGCUUGUUUCCUACGAAGAGUCGGAUCUGAGCUCAGCUCAGGACCUGUCAGGCAAGCAGCCGAGCGGGAUAUAUGCCCUCGAUAAUGUCUGACUUAGAUGUUUAAACAGACCCAGAAAACGAUAUCGACGAGGUCCAAGUUGAUGUGGUAGGGGAUGAAGUUGAGAAAGAAGAGGAGGCAGCUGCGAAACCGCAAGAAGACGCCCCGAACACCGAUGCUUCCUCCGAAGAGGAAGUCAGUCCCCCCAAGAAGCCUGAGGUCAAGAAGAAUGCAGCAACGUCUCGUAAGAGGAAGGUCAAGGUGGAGGCCUCAGGUACUGCAGUUUCGCCUUUUUCCUGUUCAUCUGCAGCACAGAAAACUGACCUUCACUGCCAUACAGACGAGGAUCCGGACGUCAAGUCAGAGCACGAGGAUGAUGGGAAGAUCGCGAAGUCCGCACCUAAGCGUGCGAGGAAGAAGAAUGGAGUCGCCACUCGUAAGAGGAACGUCAAGACAGCUGAUUCAGGUGAGAAACACAACGACCUUGCCCCACUCCUAUACAGUCGUGAAUGCUGAGUUUGGUUCCUCACAGACGAAGAAGUCAAGUCCGAGGUUGAAGACGAAGACGAAGAAAAGAUGGCGAAGCCGGCCGCCAAGCGAUCGGUCGGAGAGACAAACCGGGAUGGGACGAAGAGAGGCGGCUAUACGCAGCAAGAGGAUAUGCGUAUGAUGAUUCUUAGAGCCCAGGGCUUGUCCUGGUAUGUCUUCCUCCCUU